AACAUUUUCAAUUCUAUUGAUGAAAAUCGGAAUACCUCGUUUGCUGUCUCUUAGCGGUUUAUUAAUAGUUAAUCAAAAUUAAAGUUGUCCAUAAUAGAAACACACUAAUCUCAUUUUUUAAAUUCUUCAGUUUUUAAAAAUUGCAACUGUGGAUAGAAUACACAAAAUGAUGGAUGGUGGUGUUGUACACCCCCACCCUGGUGUUGUCCAUGGAGGUGUGCCAGGAGUUGUGCAUGGUAUGCCAGUCCAUGGUGCAGGGCCUGAUGGGGAGCAUCCUCCUCAUGGACCAAGACGGCGUUAUCAAAAUAGACCGAAGCAAACAAAUAAUUUAGAGCGUCUUCCCCUUGAUGAAGCUGCUAAAAGGGAAAUGGAAGCAUUACCAAUGAAGACACCAGUGUCGGUUCUGCAAGAACUCUUGGCUCGAAGAGGAACUGUCCCUAAAUAUGAGCUGGUACAGAUUGAGGGAAUGAUCCAUGAGCCUACCUUCCGUUACCGUGUGACUGUUGCAGAUUUGAUUGCAAUGGGCACAGGAAGAUCAAAGAAAGAAGCUAAACAUUCAGCGGCCAAAGCUUUGUUGGACAAGUUAACUGGUGCCACACCAGCUGAUCAGUCAACAAAUGGAAAUGUCCCUGAAACUGGAACAGUUGUUUCAUCAUUUGAAGAUAAAUUGAUGGGCAACCCAGUGGGAUGGCUGCAGGAGCUUUGUAUGUCUCGGUUCUGGCCUCCACCCUCAUACCAUGCGGAGAAUGAUGACAACGUUUCUAGACGUUUGCCUCAUGAGCGUCAGUUUACAAUUGUCUGUACUCUGCUAAAACGACGUGAAGUAGGAACUGGAAAAUCUAAGAAAUUAGCCAAACGCCAGGCAGCUUAUAAAAUGUGGCAAGCGUUACAAGAUAACCCACUGGAAGCAUUCCAGCCUGAGGAAGAGGGCGGUGUCGCGGCCCGCUAUGCCGACCUGAAAGAUAGUAAAAUCUCUACACUCACUACCAGUCACAGCCACAAGGUGUCGCAGUUUCACAAACACCUCAAACAGUCUGUCGGCCCUAACCUGGCCAAGUUGCAGGUGACUCCGCUCAACAACAAGGACUUUAACUUCGUUCAAUUUCUGCAAGAGAUAGCUUCGGAGCAGUCAUUUGAGGUGACAUAUGUUGAUAUUGAAGAAAAAUCGAUGACCGGUCGCUGUCAAUGCCUGGUGCAAUUGUCUACAUUGCCUGUUGCAGUAUGCCAUGGUUCAGGGCUAACGAGCAAGGAUGCUCAGUCAUCAGCGGCUCAAAAUGCCCUGGAGUAUCUGAAAAUAAUGACCAAAAAGUGAAACAUCUCUUCUUGCGGCAUCAAUUAUUCUCGCCUAGUGUCGACCUAUGCAUUAUGAUCAAUAUAAAAUAUAUGGCCACUUAAAGUUUAUUCUAUUGAUUUAAAAUGAAAUAUUAGUCAGCAUAGAAAGCCACAUAAGGUCCAUGGUUGGUGUCGCCAGGUUUAGAGUGUAUAUGAAUGUUUAUAACCACAAACCAUAUGAGUAUGGCCAUAAUGCCUUAGUGCAAGUAGCACUUCGGGCUAUGCUAUAUAGCUGGCAUAUUUGCAGUAUAUCAAUUAUUAUUUAUAUUAUGGGGAUAAAAAUGUUGAUGCAGUAUUGGUCGUAUGGGUAUCAUAAAAGUUAUAAAUCUCCUUUUAACAAAAAUUAAACAAUAUAUUAUUAGGGUUCAUGGGAUAGGGGGUAGGUGGGUUUCAAAUUAUUAUAAAUCUUAGAAUUUAUUUAAGUAUUUUACUAAAUGUUUUCACGCAAAAGAGAUUCAUUGCUUCUAUACCUUGUCAUUCAUUUAAAAAUAUGACGAUGAUGAAUUUUUUCUCUCUAAUCAUUUUUUACACGGUGAAAGCAAAAGUUGUAAAAAUAUAAAAAAACACAAUUUAAAUAAAAGAAACUUAAAAAUGUUGUGACUUUGUAUGAUUUGUAAGGUCACUUACCUGUUAAGUUAAUUUUACAUCUUUUUAGGAAUUUAAAAUAGGAUAUGAUGAAGUUUUACUCUCUUAUUGUAUUUAGCCAACCAAUAUACAUCUAAUUUUUUAAGCAUUUGCGUGUAACUUCUUAUACUCAUAUUUUGUAGUAAUAUGGGUUUAAUAGUAAAUACUUAUUUUAAUACUAUAUUUUUUAAUGUCCGUGAAUACUUAAAUUUCCUAAUACAAAAUGAAGUAUUUUAUAGCAAGAACAUUUUGUUCUGUUACUGCAAAUAUGCGAGAGUAAAUAGCAUAGCCCGUAAAUAUAAAGAAACAAAGUAUGGAGUGGUCAUAUAAUAAAUACAAGCUAUACUUUGCAUAGAAUUAGUGUAAUUUUCCCAGCGUGGAAAUUACUCAAUAAUUAAAAAAAUGUAAAAAAAAAAUAUAAAAAAUAUAUGAAAAAUCUAUAAAAAAAGUGUGGACUAUGAAUUUCCAGUUUAAUAUUCAGCAUUAUUUAGGCAUAAUUUUGCAUAUAUUAAAAUAAACUCAUUAUUACUACUUACCCAAAA